GGGUAAUUUUCUGGCUGAGGCCUCGUUAGAGAGGAGUGUGCGCUCGGGACCUGAGGCUCCAGCCAGCGUUGGGAGAUUGCGGAGAGGUGGCCCGCCUGGUCUUGAGUGGUUGGAGAUCUCCAGGAGCCCACAGCUUUCCUUCUUUCUCACUCACACACUCCAGCCUCACUUGUUAGGCGUCCCGCCAACAGACGAUGAGGCGGUGCCGGAAGGAUGAAGGUGGACGUAGCUCACCGCCACUCCACCGCAGAAGAGCCAAAGCUUGUUUCUCAGCCAGCGGAGAGCACGAAGAAGAAGAUACAGAUAGACUCGCAAAUUCUAGAAGGAUUCUACCAUUUUCUUGUUUACCCUGAAGACACUUGGAAAUUAAUGGGUAACACAUUUCAUGAAAAUUUCUAAAUGUUUUUUUUUUCAUAUCUCUGAGGCCUUUUGUGGAGAAUUAAUAGGUUGAAUGCACGCAUGGAUAAAAUGGAUCAUCUUAAAGGAUUGAAGUUCCAAAAAUAUAUCAGCAGGAUUGGACAGGUUUGACAUAAUGAGAUUUCUAUUUUAGCUUGAUUUCUAGAACUCUGAAUAAACUAUAAACUGAGCUACACAAGGUCCUAAGAAGGAAGUUUCUCUUCUAAACUAUUCUAGUCGCAUAUAACAUUUUUCUUCUUCAGAUCCUUUGAAAAAGUAUAUUUAGUCAUCAGUUUUCUAAGGUAUAUGACUAUUAGACACUUACCAACUUUUAAUAUAUGAAGUGGGAUAGAAAGCAGCAAUCAAUACCAUACUGGAAAACAAACUGAAUUAAAGAAAUAGACAAAGAAGAGGAAAAAUCUCUACAUAAGCACUGAUUGAGAUGGCAGAAGCUUCUGUAGAUGCCUCGACUCAACCCAUAACAGUGAAGAAAAAGAAAAGCCUAUCCAUUGAGGAAAAGAUCGACAUCAUAAAUGCAGUAGAAAGUGGCAAGAAAAAAGCAGAAAUUGCAGCUGAAUAUGGAAUAAAGAAAAAUUCAUUGUCUUCUAUUAUGAAGAAUAAAGACAAAGUUCUAGAAGCCUUUGAAUCUCUGAGAUUUGAUCCAAAGAGAAAAAGACUGAGAACUGCUUUUUACACAGAUCUGGAAGAGGCAUUAAUGAGGUGGUAUCGAAUUGCUCAGUGUCUAAAUGUUCCAGUUAAUGGUCCAAUGCUGCGUCUGAAAGCUAAUGAUUUUGCCCAGAAACUGGGACAUAAUGAUUUUAAGUGCAGUAAUGGUUGGCUGGAUCGUUUUAAAUCCAGAUAUGGUUUGGUCUUUAGAGCUCAACCUGUAGAAGCUACAGGUGAAGCAGUAGACCCUUCAAUUGUCUGGUACCAAAAUGUAUUACCUUAUUAUUUAAAUGAUUAUCAUGCUAAAAAUGUUUUUAAUAUAAAAGAAACUGGGCUGCUUUACCGAAUGUUACCUACAAAUACAUUUGCAUUUAAAGGAGAAACAUGCUCAAUUGGAAAGUUAUGCAAAGACAGAAUAACUCUGGUGGUUGGCACAAACAUGGAUGGCUCAGAGAAACUUCCUUUGCUUAUCAUUGGAAAAAACAGAAAUCCACAUUGUUUCAAGGGUAUAAAAUCAUUGCCUGUGUAUUAUGAAGCUAACAGAAUGGCAUGGAUGACCUCAGAUGUAUUUGAACAAUGGAUGCAGAAACUUGAUGAGAAAUUUCAAGCCCAACAACGAAGAGUGGUAAUUUUUGUUGAAUCUCUUCCCGCACAUCCAGAGGUAAAGAAUCUAAAGUCCAUUGAGUUAGCAUUCUUUCCAUCAUGUUUAUCUUCCAAAUGUAUAGCUAUGAAACAAGGUGUUAUUAAAAGCCUUAAAGUCAAAUAUCGAUUUAGUCUUAUCAAUAAAUUUUUAAGCUCUGUUGAAGAUAGCAAAGAAUUUACGUUUUCGCUACUAGAUGCAGUUGAUACAUUGCAUCUCUGUUGGAGGGCUGUAACCCGAGAGAUUAUUGUUAAAAGCUAUGAAGAAGCAGGAUUCAAAUCUCAAAAGGAAGAAAGUGACACAACACAUGCAGAGAGUGAAACUGUUCUUGAUUUUCUUGCCCAUGCUGUGGGAGCAGGAGUGGAAUUUCCUGAAGGUUUAUCUAUAGAGGAGUAUGCUGCCCUGGAUGAUGAUUUGGAGACAUGUGAAGCAGCUCCAACUGACGAUUCAAUAUUGACCAAAGAAAGUAAAUCAGAUGAAACCGUAUUUUAUACUUCUGAUGAAGAGGAUGAUGGGGGAUCUCUAGGAACUGAACUCCUUUUGCCAUCAAAAAAUGAAGCAAUAACUGCUUUAGUUACUCUUAAAAAUUUUCUUAGAAGUCAAGAUAUGAAUGAUGGACUUCAUAAUUCUUUAGCAGACCUUGAAAAUUUUAUUAACCAUUUAUCACCUAAAUAAUUAUUUAUUGUGCAACAUCUGAAGAGUAAUAGCUUUUCCUGAUGUGUUUUAAUAUAUAAGGUAUGUAAAGGAUAAAUACCACUUAAACAUAAAAUAUGAAGUACU